GAACUCGAGAGUCCAAAUUCCCAAUAGAAGGAAGCGACAGAAAACGGAACAGAAAGGGCGGUCGUCAUCGUUUUUGAUCAAUCGAUAUUCGAGUAACGAGAUGGUGGCGAUCUCACUGUACAGAGGGAACCUGCACAGGGUGCCCGACGUCCCUCGGCGAUGGCUCAUGCCAAUCCCUCGCAUUUCCCUCAAAGAUUUCAGGAUUCUCCUCCGCAAACGGGAGAAAGCUCUGUCUCGCAUCUCCAGCACCACCGCUCCCACUAGCUCAAAUCCCAACCCUAACCCUGAUUUCAAACAAGAGGAAGGCGUUGGAGACAGUGGCUGUUCCAAACAAAACGGGAGAAAGCUCUGUCUCGCUUCUGAGCCCCAAUCCCAGCCAACCAUCGCCAGGAAUUCUGAAGAUGCGCCAUCCCAGCAUGGAACAGUUGAACACGCCAAAGAUCAAAAUGAAGCAGACUGCGAUCCUCGUGCUGAGCAAUCCAGAGAACUCGGUGGUUCUAUUUCGUCUUAUGCCACAAACGCUGUCGUCCCAGAGAGCGUCUGUGCUCCAAAAGAUGGUGGCGGCGGUAGCGUAAGCGGCCGUAUCCCCAAGGAUUUACAAGAAGAGAAGCCGGUGGACUCGGUCCAACCCUUCAUGGAGGUAAGCAAGAAUGUGGAUGUAAUGAGUGACAAAGAGAAAAGAAAAGCUGAGCUUGAGGAGAAAUUGCAAGUUUUAAAUGAAAAGAAGCAUAAUCUAGUACAAAUGCUAAAGCAGAUUUUAAAUGUAGAGGAGGAAAUGAAGAAAAGGAACAGUAUACAAGCAUCAAUGCUUCGCCCUUCUGCUCCUCUUCAAGUUGAUGGUACAAUUGACUUGGGAUCCAUCACUAGAAAUGCUGUUCCUAGGAUAAGCUCUGAGGGUAAUUUCAGUGGUGAUCUAGAAGGGGAAGCAGAAGACAUCUCUAAUCCUAAUACACAUGGCCGCCAUCUGCAACGCAUGCGUAGCACUUCUCCAUCUUCAGCUUCUCCACUUAGAAGGCCCACAUAUAGCUCUUCUCAACAUAAUGCGAUUCCACACACAAGUCGAGGAAGUUUUGGAACUGCUGGGCAUGCUCAGACCACAACUGCCACACCGAUGGGUGUUACAGCCAGUCCAUCACGUUUUGCUCCUACUGGACACCCAGGUCAUCCUGCAAAUCUACCCCCAGUAUCUGUGUAUGGAACCCACUAUAGUGCCUCUUCUCCUUCCCCUGCAGCAUCAGGGGGCACAUCAGUCUUUAGAGAUUCUCGUUUGACAAGUCCUUCAUGGAGUUAGAGAUGACUCUGCUCAUCAGCCACACUCCAUGGUGACAUUACUGACUUCAAACACCAUGGUAUCAGUGAUAGGGUGUUGUGGAGAAAGAGCUCAGCAGAAUCCAGAUGGAGAAAUGGUAGUCUUCGAUAAAAAAAAGGUAGUCUUGUGGAACAUAAUGUUCUUUUUCAUUGUAAUCAUCUUUUUUACAGUUCUAAGAUCUUUGUAACAUACACUUCUUUGUCUUCCUUUGAUCUUUUACCUCUUCUUAGCUUUGCAUUUUUGUACAGAAACCUCUCUAUGUUGAUGUCUGUAAAUGACUAAUUACCUGGUGUUGAUUUAAUUUUAUGGAAAUUUCCACUGACUUUCACA